AUGUCAUUUCAAGAAGGCGACCAGUUCCCCAAAGACGUCACAUUCACCCACGUCCCAAUUGACCUCGCUACUGUCCAGACAGCCAGCGCAUUGGCGUGUGAAAUCCCCACCCCUCUCAAAUUGGACAAAUUGUUCGACCAGUUAGCAGACACUUCCUCCCCCAACGUGGUGAUUGUGUCUGUGCCAGGGGCCUUCACUCCCACGUGCACGGAAAACCACAUUCCUCCUUACUUGACCCACUUGGCUGCUUUGAAGAACGACAAGAAGGUAGGUGCCUUGAUUAUCAUCAGUGCAAACGAUGCGUUUGUGUUGAACGCCUGGGGCAAGUUGCUCAUCAAGAACGAAGCGUCAGUGUCGGCUUCUGGCGACUAUCCAAGGGUGAUUUUUGCCAGCGACCCUGCCGCCAAGUUCAGUGCAGCCCACGACUUGUCUGUGGAUGCCAGUGCCAACGGAAUGGGCAUCAGAACUGCCAGAUACGGCUUGGUGGUGGAUGCCAAGUCAAGAAAGAUCAAGUACUUGGGCAAGGAGGUCGAGAGGGGUGUCAAGCACAGUGGCUACGAAGCCGUGACCUCCAAGUUGUAG